UACAUAAUAAUUUGGAAUUAAAAGAUGAGAAACGGAAAUACUAUUGCUCAUCAUUCAAAUCAUGCUCCAGAAUUUUCGUUGUCAGUAUCUCCUAGAAAUGAGAAUUGUAAGAACUAAGUUCAAUAUGAUUACAAAACAUUUUAAAUAGUUAACGGUAACUAGCUAGAAAUUAAAAGUAUACCUCAUUAAAGUCCUUAAAAAUACAAUAAUAUGAUGCCUGGAAAAAAAUUAAAGGCAGUUAGAGUAAAUUCAGAUAAAGUGCCUUCAGUUUAAAAUACAAUGCAUGAUUGGAGAUAGAUAAUUAGCAAAAAUUAACAAAACCAAUUAAAGCAGUAGCAGAAUACUACUUCUUGUGUUGUUUAAACAAGCAAUUAUAACAUAGUUUCAUUAGCUCAGGCUAUUUAAAGUAGUGCAUAACAUGUAGAAACAAAAUCUUAAGAAGUUUUUAAGUUUACUACAAAUAACUUUAACAAAAAGAAGAGAUCAAAUACAAAUGUAAUUACAGAUGUCAUUACAAACGAUAGAUAGCAAUAAAAUCAAAAUAGCCCUACAGGAAUGACAAUUAACAAUAUAAAUUAAGAGUAAAAUAGAUUAAAUUAUAGAAAGUAAUCAGAGCAUUCAUCUGUUUGUGUAAUUUAUAAGUACGAAAAUGAGAGGGAUUUAACAUAAUCAUUCAUAUAGAAGGAUUAAAAAACAUAUUCAACAUAAAAAUCUGAAAUAAUUCCUAUAAAGCAAAACACUAUCACUGAAAAUAAUUCUAGAUAAAACUCUCCAAGUCUGUCAACUCUAAUUAUUUAGAAUUAAUAACGCUAGUUUAAUAUUAUGAAAAAUACUUAUGACUUUAAGAAUUUAGAAAGCCAAGACCAAAAUAAAAUUAAAAUUACUUCUAUUGUUAACUAAAAGUAAGAAAAUAAAUAAAAUGAUAGCAGCUAAGUAUUUGUUUAAAAUGGUAAUUAAAAAAAUGAUUAAGCCAAUUAAGCUUUGACAAACUUAAAAGAUCAACAAAGCUAGCUAAAGAUUAAUAAUUACUAGUUAUUAACUUCAGUUAAAAUCCCAUAAACCUUCAUUUAGAAUCCUUUUUACGUUUAAUAAAUUUAGAAUUAAUUACAGCAGCAAGAGUCUUAAAAUGAGGAAAGUCAUAUUUUUUUAAGCAAAAACAAGAACUCACUUUAUGAAUGUAUUUUUAAUAGGCAAUCGCCAUAAAAAAUAGGAGGUUUUAAAAAAUAAGAUGAAGCUGUAAGCAGAUUAUAAACAGCAGAAUUUGCUUAGUAAGAAGACACUUUAGAUUUUACAAAUAUAAAUCCUUCUGAUAACAACAAGAAUAAUCAAGAACAAGAAGAAAGUUUAAUAGGAAAGAAAAGAUCCUCUUCUACUCAAAAAUCACCCGAAAAUAACUAAUCUUACUAAACAAAUUAUCAGUUUUAGAAUCUCAUAUCAAUUUAAAAUUAAAAAUUUCUUCCAAUCCAAAAAUAAUCUGGAAGCUAGUUUUUGUAUUAGAGAAUGAUGCUGAGAUCAGCACAAAAUAGUAUUUAAUAAAAGGAUAUACAUUAAUAGUAAGAAAAUCAUUAAAAAAUUGAAAGCAACACUCUUGCAGUUAAUGGAUUUCAUAAGACAGGAGCUAUUGAUAACUAUAAAAUAUUGGUUGACUUUAACAAAGAAAGAUAAAACCAAGAAGCAAAUGUAUAUUUAACUUAAAAAAAAGUAUUCAAAAAGCCUAUAGAAGCCUCGAGUGAUAGCAAAAACUCUCAGAUAAAAACUACUGAACAGAAUUGUGAAAACAAUAAAGUUUAAGGAGUUUAUCAAAUUUAAAACAGGAUAAAGUUAGACCCGAUACAAAGAUAAGAGAGAGCAAAAAGUGCUUAAGACACACAAUUCAAAGCUUUUAAUGAGGAAACGUAUAUUGUCAAUUUAGAUGAUUAAAAGUAACAAAUUCUGCAUAUAAGAAAGUUAAGGAGAAAAAACGGUGAGAGUAAUCCAAUAACAUAACAAUAAUAAUACUUAAAUAAAGAAGAUUACUAUAACACUCCUAUCCAAUCAGAAUAAGUAAAGAAGAAGAACAGUAUAAGCUAAAUAGAUACUGAUAUGUCUAAAGCUAUAAAUUAUAAAUAGAUGAAUGUGUUUUUAACUGGACAAUAAAAUUAAAAUAACCAAUACGCAGAAAAAGAAGAAGGUGGAGAUAAAAAAGAAAUGAAUUAAACAUAAAUUAAAUAUAAAAAUAAGUAACAAAUCCACAGAGUUAAGGAUAUUGAUUAUAGCUCUAAAAUACAAAAAACAGAUAAUUAAUAAAUUGAUCAAAAUGAUACAACAACGCAGGCUAGCACAUCAAUAAAAAAAGGAUAGAAUAAUAAUUCUAAUAAACUCAUUAAACUUCAAUAGUAUUAUGAUCUCAAAUAUGAAAGUAAAUAUGGAAAAUUUUGGGACAAUAACAAAAGAAAAGUUUCUUCUGAUUCCUAUUAAAAUAAGAUAAAACAAAAUCACAAGCUUAACAUGUCUAUGCAGCAGGAUUCGUCAUAUAAUUAUUAAACAACAUAAUAUUAAUUGAGCAAUAUAUAAUCAUAAUAUUGUUAAGCGGCAUAAAGUAAAUAGGACUAAUAAAUGGCAGAUGAUUCAAAUAAAAGCGUGCUAAAAAUUCUGCAUGAAAAAUAAAAAAGAGAACAAGAAAAUACAAACAUUUUCACAAAUCCUGAUCCAUGGGACUAAGAGUCUUUAUCAGAUUCUUCUUUCACAAUUGAAAAUACCAAAAAGUGA